AUGACGAAAACGAUUCAAGACAUGUUAAAGGAACAGCCGUCCCAGGCUUCUUCAAGUUCAAAUGCUCAAUCGAUCGAGUAUAUCGACACAGUAGAUGCGUACGAUAAAUGGGCCGAGAUCUACGACACCGAUGGGAACUUUCUCCAGCGACUUGACACGAUUGAGAUGCGGACCCUACUUCCCCAAUUCUUGAAUCGUGUGAAUGCCCGCUUCCACGGAACAGAUCCAUUCAAGCUAGUCGAUCUGGGAUGCGGGACUGGCAGAAACACGAUUCAACUAUUGGAGGCUGUAUCCGCGUGCGAAAAGAACCAGAAAACAAGUACACAGGUCACGCACAGACCAUCGGUUGAAGUCAUCGGCGUAGAUGCUUCAGCAGGGAUGUUGGAGGUUGCGCGAACAGCGAUACAGUCAGCUACUCGCGAACUUAACAGCACCACCGUGUCACUGGGAACCUUGAAUCUCUUACAAACAAUCUCAGAUAAGAGUCAGUUACCGGAAUCCCUGCAAGAUGGUGCUGUUGGUGUCAUAUCCACGCUGGUCUUGGAGCAUAUCCCACUGAAAGCAUUCUUCAAAGCUGCCUCUGCGAUUAUGAGACCCGGGGCUUACUUUCUCGUUACAAAUAUGCAUGCGCAGAUGGGGUCACUUAGCCAGGCUGGGUUUACGGAUCCGGGAACUGGAGUUAAGAUUCGGCCUACGAGUUAUUGUCACUCAAUUGCGGACGUGCUAGCUGCAGCUGCUGAAGCGGGAUUCCAGGUUGAGCCUCUUGAGGAAGAAUGUGGCGGUGGAGAGGUUCUUGAGAGGACGGUAGAUGAGGAAUUGAGUGGGAUAUUGGGGGUGCGGGCGACCAAAUGGAUUGGGAUCCAAGUAUGGUUUGGAGUAUGUUUUAGCAAGGUGUGA